UAUUACUGCUGUCCGCAGCAAACGGGUCAAUCCCGGCGUGGAAAAUUAACGGAAACGGGAGAGACGUCUAAUGUGAACCGCCGGCAGAAGACUAAGCGCAACAUGUGUUUGAAAUGGAUGGAGAAAACCUUUAUUAGCAAUUAAAUCACACCACAAUCAAGUUAUAGGUAAUAUGAACAACUUCUUUUCAUUUGUUUAGCUUUAACACCCCGCGCAUAAAAAUGUCUUUGGAGGAAACUUUCGUUUUUGCCCCACAAGGAGAAACCGGGUCUGUCCUGAACACAUCAUCUCCGAAGUCCGGCGAACAUCUUACGUGGCAUCCAGGUACGGCGAUUGCUGCAGUGUACGGACUCGUCAUACUCGUCGGACUCAUCGGCAACAUAACCCUGAUCAAGACUUUCUGGACGGUAAAGUCCAUGAGAAACGUCCCCAACCUCUUCCUGUCCAGCCUGGCGCUGGGCGACCUGCUGCUGCUGGUUACCUGCGCGCCUGUUGAUGCCAGCCGCUACCUGGCGGACGAGUGGCUCUUUGGGAGAGCGGGCUGCAAACUCCUACCCUUCAUACAGUACACCUCCGUCGGGGUCUCUGUCUUUACGCUCACGGCUCUGGCUGCAGACAGAUACAAAGCCAUUGUCAAACCAUUGGACAUGAAGACCUCCAAUGCCACAGCAAAGAUAUGCAUCCGAGCGGCGUCCAUCUGGAUAUUUUCUAUGACCCUUGCCAUUCCCGAAGCCAUCUUCUCUGAUCUUCACACCUUUAACAUCUCCAAAACCAACGACACCUUUGUGACAUGCGCCCCCUAUCCCCACACGGGGGACCUACACCCCAAGAUCCACUCCAUGGCCUCCUUCCUCAUGUUCUACAUCAUUCCACUCAUGAUCAUUUCUAUCUAUUACAUUUUCAUUGCCAGGAGCCUGUUAAGCAGUGCGAGCAACAUGCCAGUCGAAGGCAACGUCCAGAUCGCAAAGCAGAUCGAGUCACGCAAGAGACUCGCCAAGGUGGUCUUGGUGUUCGUGGGCCUCUUCGCAGUGUGCUGGCUUCCGAAUCACGCCAUCUACCUGUACCGCUCCUACCGCUACCCUGAGGUGGACACCUCCCUGGCGCAUUACAUCUCCAGUGUGUGUGCGCGCCUCCUGGCCUUCGCCAACUCCUGCGUCAACCCGUUCACCCUCUACCUGCUGAGCCGUGGCUUCCAGAAGCAGUUCAACAAGCAACUGUGCUGCGGGCGGACGGGUCUCUCGCUGCGCCCCCGCAUGGUCGGCCGCAGCAACACGCGCAUCACCUCGCUCAAGAGCACCAAUCCGUCUCUGGCCAGCUUCAGCUUCGUCAAGGCCAGCCCCCAAGCCCAGGCUGACCCUGGCAGAAGGUGAUUCCCCGUAGGCUUAGGAGUUAGGAGCCAUUAUGGCCGUGCCCAGAGGGAAAAGCGUCUGACUGGCUACAGGCAUUGUCGGACUGUGACUGGCUGAUAGCAGAUUCGAUUUCAGUGAGGUUUUAGCAUAGCCUGUUAAGCUGGGCUAUUCUAUGCUUCACAACCCAACACCAGAGCCUCAGUAAGAAGAGACAAACAGGAUCUGGACAUGAGAUUUAGGAGCUAAUAUGGGUCAGACAGCUAGUGAAGUGGUUGGGGGGGGGUUCAUUUAUAGCAUGUUCUGAUUUCAUUGACAGAGCCGUGUUAUUAAAUGUAAGUCAUAGUGAGGUUUGACCUGUGCUCCUGUGUAUAUCCUACCGUGAAGCUUUGAUCUGCCUCCUGCAUCCUCCACAAAGGGACACGAAACCUCUAUUGAUUAAAGUGUAGCUAAACUUUACGAGUUUGUUAUGUUUCAGUGACUCAUGUUUGUGAACAAUGUUGUGAAAAGUUUCCUAGUGCUAGAUGUAUUUGCAGCAUUGUAUGCAUAUGCAGAGUUCAUCAUGGAUGAAAGAACAUCACUGAUUCGCCAUUGAUCUCAGGGGCGAGAGGCAGUGUGCUGUACAGCGAUGCGAGGGGAAUCUUUUUAGACGCCGAGCUAUUUGGCUUCUGAAGUGUCCCAGUUACAUUCAGGAACAUGUAAUCCGAGCGUAGCUCAUUAACAGGCCUCAUAAACCGCCUUGGCACUCAGCGUGGUGACUCUGCUCUGCUUUCUUUGCUGAUUGUAAGCCAGAGAGCAGCUGUGGGUCCCGGCUACACAUUAAUCUUCAGACAGAGGAUUAUUUUUGGACAGCAGAUACUGGGCUUUUAAUAUGGCAUUUAUUAGCCGGUGCCAUACUGCAGUGCUGGGUUGUACAAAUAUGAUUUAGCUGCCCUCUCACUGAGGCGAUGCAUAUGAAAACAUUAAGCUGCACACACACAUACACACUUGGUGUUGAGAUGCACAGUAACGCACACUUUUAUAAGCAAUAAAAGGAGAGUAGGAAAACAGAUUAGCGACCUCUGCGCACUUGCUGUGUUGCGACUGCGUGGUCCGGUCUGGCUGCAGUGCUGCAUUUCCAAUCCAGGCUGUGUUUAGCUGUCCAAACCCUCCGGCAGCGUACCAGGAGGCUGUCAGGAAGACAUGGUGGGCCUGAGAAUGGUCAUGGAGAAGGGGGAGGCUGCCUGAGUCUUUGGAGGGGGGGCGGUUUGUGGCUUUGUGAAUGAUGUAAUGGAUACUGGGAACCAGCGCAUGAGGGUCCAGUCACCCGGAGACUAACGCGAUCCUCGAGUGACAACAAAUGGCUGGGGACGGCAGACAAGCAUUUCUUUUGCACAAUGAGACGACGUAUUUUUUAUAGGGAUCGUUCAGAAAUGUCAGCUUUUCGAGAUUUUUUUGAUUCGUGUUUACGUUUGUUUGCAUGUACCGUGCAAAAAAAUGCAUCCCAGUUAAUUCAUUUGUUUGUAUUUUAUGGGACGUUAUCAUACUAAGAGAAAUGUUAGCAGUACUUUGAAAAACAGGUGCCAAAAUGAUGAUCGUUUCAUAAAGAUGGCAAGUACUUAGCAGAACUUAGUAAGACACGAAGGUUGAAAUUCGAAUACCAUUAUACAUUGUCUUGCGCCCAUAGCUUCUGGGAUAGGCUCUGGUCCCCGCCGCAACCCUGAAUACGGUAUGCAGUUCCCAAAAAUGGAUGGAUAGAUACCUUUAUGCAUUCAUAGACACCCCUCCUUUCUCUGACGUUUUUCCUAGAAAUUGUCAGCAGCUACCUGACACACACAAAUGAUCAGUGCAAUCAGUCAUUCAGGGAACACCACCCCCCCCCC